GAUAAGGCUAUCGACAAACAGGACGUUUUUUGGAAGUGCAAUCGUUAUCAAUCUAGAUCAUCGGUGCGACCUUAUGGUAUAAAAGCCGAAUUUCCGUGACAUCGCAAGCAAACGUUCGACAUCUCUAUUAGGUGAUCAAUCGGUCUUUACCAAACUCGAGUGUUACGGUUGUUGGCUGAAAAAAGCCGAACGUUUAGUAUAGUUGACACUCCAAGUGAAAAAAAUAGUGAUCUCAGCAAUGGCCUUUAAAGUAAUGGUUACGUGCAUUCUUGUCAUUUGUUUCUACUUCUUGCAAGUCAAUGCUCACGGAAAACUUCUGAAUCCAGUGGGUAGAUCGUCUGCUUGGAGAGUGGGGUUCAAUGUUACAGAAAAUUACGAUGAUAAUGAACUUUACUGUGGUGGUAUUAUGGUACUGCAUGAAAAAAAUGGUGGAAAAUGCGGACCUUGUGGCGAUGAUUGGUCAAAACCUCAACCUCGAGAUAACGAAAAUGGUGGCACCUACGGCCAAGGAGUGAUUGUUCGUAGAUUUGGUAGUGGUAAUAUGACCAGAAACAUGCCUCAUUAA